AUAUGUGAGUCCAGGCCUAAUUUUAUCCUCUUUGGAAUGAGAAAUGGGCCGUAGGCCCUAGCCCGCGGCACGAAAAACAACCGUGCCCGGAGCUGCCGAUUCUCAUUCUUGAUUCGACACUCUCGCGAUCAACCAGCUUAGGGCUGUCUGCACCGGUCUCUGGUCUCGAUAUGGAUUAUGGAAUGCCCUUUGUAACUUAUCAGUCCGAGCUACCAUGUCCUUAAAAAGAUUGGUGCAUCUCCAACCAAGUCAUUGACAUUCUUCUGAGAAGGUUUUAUCCGAAGUACUGAUCCUUGUACUGCAGUUUUCAACUCCUGCAAUAUUUCAAAACAAAGUACUAUUCACUAGUUUUUUCUCUGACCAAUACAACAGUGGUUGAUGCCUCAAUAGUCAGUGCAAUUAGAAGAUAGGGUAGCAUACAAACACAAAGAGAAAGUUCAUGAGUGAAAUUCUGACCAGGAAAGAUAUGUCAUCACAUUGUUCAUCUAGGGAUGAAAAAGAUCAUGCCAAAUGGACAAGGAAAGAGGAGAGGAUAUUUGUUGAAUUAAUGGUAGAACAGUGCAAAAAAGGUAAUAGGACAACUACUACCUUUAGCUCUGUCGGUUGGAAUGAAAUCCAAAAGGAUUUCAAUAAGAAGACAGGGUGUAACUACACAGAUAUGCAGUUGAAAAAUAAAUUUCAAAAACUAAGAAAAGUGCACAAAGAGUUAAAGAAUGCAUGCAAGCAAAUGGGUUUUAGUAUGGAUCCUUCUAGGAAGGUUAUAUUGGCAGAGGAUGAUGAAUGGGAAGCCUACCUAAGAGGUCAUCCCAAUGCAAAAAAUUUACGAACAAUUGGAUGUCCGUUAUGGGAUGAGCUUCAAAUAAUCUUUGGUGAUGCAACCAGUGAAGAUAAAGAUAUGUCACUUUGUCCAUCUAGGGAUAGAAAAGAUAAUGCCAAAUGGACAAGGAAGGAGGAGAGGAUAUUUGUUGAAUUAAUGGUAGAACAAUGUAAAAAAGGUAAUAGGACGACUACUGCCUUUAGCUCUACUGGUUGGAAAGAAAUCCAGAAAGAUUUCAAUAAGAAGACAGGGUGUAACUACACAGAUAUGCAAUUGAAGAAUAAAUUUCAAAAAUUACGACUUUUGCACAAGGAGUUCAAGAAUGCAUGCAAAGAAACGGGUUUUAGUAUGGAUCCUUUUAGGAAAGUUAUAUUGGCAGAUGAUGGUGAUGUAUGGGAAGCCUACGUAAGAGAUCAUCCCAAUGCAAAGAAUUUACAAACAACUGGAUGUCAAUUAUGGGAUGAGCUUUGUAUAAUUUUUGGUGACAUCACUACAAUCGGUGAAUAUACAAAAUCUUUUAGGCAGGAAGAUGAAGAUACUUCAGAAGAUGAAGAUACUUUUGAGGCAGAAAGUAUUAAUUCUUUAUCAGAUUCUGAUGAGCACCAAACAACUAGGCAUAUUAGUUUUGGUUCCUUAGAUCCCUUGCUUACAUUAGAUGCAAUGGAUGAUACCAGCCAAGAAAAGAGUCCAAUAUCUCCAAAGAGAGCUAUUACUUUGAAGGAUCGGAAACGCAAGAAAUUCAACAAUUUGAAAGCUUUUAGUGAGGCUUGCAUGGCAUUCACUCUUGAGUCUAUGUAUCGUAUUAAUAAAGAUCGUAAAAAGAGGUUGACAUCAGUUCCAUUACAUGACCCAUAUCCACUUAGUAGAUGCAUUGAAGUUUUAAAUAAUGCACCAUGUUUAGAUGCAAAAUUAUAUGGGAAGGCAAUGAACUUAUGUAUGCAUUCAUAUUGGAGAGAAGUCAUCUGUCAAGUACCUAGGGAGUUAAUUAGUCAAGUCAUUGAAUCUGCAAAGGAGCCAUAAUGAUGAGAUGCUGGGAUUAUGCUCAUUUUAUAUUUCAUUAUAUUUUGUAGUCUGGUGUUGAACAUUGUAUUUUAGUUUAUGGGUAUUGUUAGUAAAAUUGUUUUUUGUGUUGUGUUUCA